AUGAGAAACGGUAAAGACAAUGAUAGAACUGAUUUACGUAACAAAACUACGGACGGUUUCACUGACUUUAAAGGAUGGGGUUACAGACAUUCACAGUGUCUCAUUCUCUUCUGUUGUUUAACAACUGCCUACAGUAUGAGAGCUUGUAUGGGAGUGGCUUUGGUGGCUAUGGUUGACUCAGAUUUAAACACCCAACACGCAUUAAAUAUAAAUAACUCACUAACAGAAAACAAUAUAAAUGGAACUUUGUAUGCUGUUAAUGGAAUCAAUAUUGAAAACACGAAUCAAACAGAAUCGAAUCAAAAGAAUUCUGGUGGUUUUCUUCAUUCACUUCUUUUGGUACCACCCUAUCCCAAACUUAAUUGGAAUAAGAAGACACAAGAUACAGUAUUGUCAUCAUUCUUUUUUGGAUAUAUGUUGCUGCAAAUUCCAGCUGGUCAGUUAGCUCAUUUCUUCGGAGCGAGAUAUUUGCUUAGUGGUGCUCUCUUUGUAAACUGUUUAAUGUCCUUCUGCUUACCCUGGGCAACUAUCUACGGAGGUUGGAUAUUGACCGCAAUAUUCAGAACAGUUCAAGGUUUGAGUCAAGCGUGUGUUGUUCCGGGUAUGCACACUAUGUUUGGGAAAUGGACAACAUUAGAAGAAAGGGGAAGAUUAGCUGGUUUAGCGUACGGAGGUCAAGCACUGGGAGCUGUUCUUGGACUACCAAUCACAGGCUUCAUCGCCGCGUCUCCACUUGGCUGGCCGGGAAUCUUCCGUUUCUACGGAAUUCUCUCUGGAAUAGUUGGUGGAGCGAUCCUGGUUUUAAGUGCUAACAGUCCAGCAGAACAUCCGAAAAUAUCAGCCGCUGAAAGACAAUAUAUCGAAGGAGGCAUAGGAAACAAUGAAAAUAGUAAAAAGAAACUUCGUGUUCCUUGGGGCUCUAUACUUCGAUGUCGAGGAUUGUAUGCCAUAAUUUUAGCCCAUAUUGGUAAUACAUGGGGUCAACUCACGCUGUACUCUGAGGUCCCUGCAUACAUGGACAAAGUUAUGGGUGUAAAUAUUAAAGCGAACGGAGUUUUGACUGCGCUUCCCUUUCUCGCUAUGUGGUUUACUAAUUUCUUCUUCAGUUGGUUCACUGACAUGCUUAUUGUUAAGAAAAUUCUAAGUGUUAGGAGCACAAGAAAAUUGGCUAAUUCAAUGGGAAGUAUUCCAGCUUGCAUAGGAUUAAUUGCAUUGGCAUACGCUCCUCGAAAUAUUUACGUAGUCGAAGCCUUAUUAAUAUUUAUAUGUAGCUUCAAAAUAGCAACAAACGUAGGUUUUACGAUCAAUCAUAUCGACAUAUCGAGUAAUUUCUCUGGAGUCAUGAUGAGUUUAAGCAAUUUCAUGUCAAACGUCUUUGCUUUAUUCGCUCCUAUUGUCGCAGGAUAUAUUCUAACUGAUGUGACUGACGUAAAGCUGUGGCGAAAAGUCUUCUUUGUAUCCGCUGGUUGGUACUUCUUCACAAAUCUAGCGUACGUUAUCUUUGGUAUAGCUGAGAGGGCGGAUUGGGACAAUCCUCCAGAAGAAACAUAUGACGUUGAGGAUGCCAAAGAAAUGGAACCUAUGAUAAAAGACGAGAACACGAGCAACGGGGAGAAGAAAUCGUGA